CUCGUAAUGUAUUCUCAAGGCGAUGAAAGAUGCGAUUUUUUAAUCACGGUGAAGAUGGUUUCGAUUGGGAAGAUCUUUGUGAUUCUUAUGAAUCGAAUCACAGAGGGGUUGGAUCUCGACAGGAUUUUCGAUGGAUUGGUAUUAAAGGGAUCGUUGGAAAGGUGGCUUUUGGGACAACGAUGGAGAUUUUUCUGGGGAUUUCCCAGUCUGAUGGUUUUCAUCUAUUAUGGAAAGGGAGAUUCUCCCGAUCGUUUUUCUUUAUUUCCUGGAGAUCUGGUGUGAAAGGGAUGCGAAUGCUUCAAGGUUUAGACAAGGAAAGUGGUAUCAUCUGGAGUUUUCAAUGGGAUACUGAGGCUUCAGCAAGGUUCUCGUGUGGCUUUUGGGGAGAGUGGGGAGACCUGGGUAUUACGCAAUUUUUGCGAUUUAUUUAAGGAUGGCUUAUUUGAAUGCCUGGUUAGGGACACAGUGUAUGAAGGUUUGGGUAUGAUCCAAAUGCAGGAUCAGCUUGGCUGUUUGCUGGUAUGGUACAUAAGGUUUGGGAUAAUUCAGGUGCAAAGGAAAGGACGUGGAACAAGGAAUUUUUUGUUUGUAUUUUUAAUUUUGUCAAACAGUGAUGGAACAUGCGUAUUGAUACUACUGAGUUUUAUCUCAAGUUACUGUGGAAACGGUAAAUGGGCUUACAUGGAAUUUCAUUU